AUGCCGGAACCUCAGAAACGCCAUUGCUGGGAAUGUCUGCGCCGUCGCUUGGUUUGCGACAAUGGACAUCCGGGGUGUAGCCGAUGCGCAGUAUCCGGGAUCGACUGCCCGGGUUAUGAUGCAAAACAACCCAUGCGACUGAGGUGGCUGGCACCCGGCAGAGUCAAGUCGCGCCAACGCAAGAACGGGGUCAAUCGCCAGAAGACCGGUAAAGCGAGCACGGAAAUCUUCCAAAAGGACUCGUCCGACGAGGAACGGGUCGUGGUGGUUCCUCGCACCAAGAUUAAACCCCAAAUCGAUCCCCUACUGGACGCUUAUGAAUACUUUAAUGUCCAAAUAUUCCCCAACCUCUAUCAGAAGCUCCGACUUGGCUCCAACGCCAAUAUCUACAAGAUCCAGCCGAGAAUGCUCCAGUCCGGAAUCCAAUAUCCCGAUCAUCUUCGCCUUGGGUUGGUCUGUAUGACACUCAGUCAUCGGAUGAAUCGAAUGGGCCACGAUCCCGAUUCAAAGCCCCUGGAAAGAUCCCUAUAUCACUACCGAGGGAUCAUGAUCCGUUCUCUAAACGAUCAACUGAAUUCACUUAACAAGCACAACAGCAAUGCAACUCUCAUUGGGACUCUGAUUCUGUUACUUGCUGAUGCCCAGCAAGGAAUUGCACAGCACUGGCGGUACCAUCUCGAGGGGGCUCGGAGAAUCAUCAUGCUGCAAGGCGGCAUGUACCAGUCGAACCUAUCACCCGGCGUGCUGCCGAUCAUUUUGUGCUUCAUUUAUCACACGGUUAUUGGCGACACUUCCUCCCCCGCCACAGAUAUGCUUGUCGAGAAAUUACCCCUCGAGGAGCUGUAUCUGAUGCUGGAGCAAUAUGGCGGCAACGGAUACGGCUUUCAGAUGUGCCCAACACCACUCUUUAUUGAGAUCGUCAAAAUCAAUCACAUUCGAGCUCGCGCGUCCCGAGCAGGACCGAUCGAAGAGGAUGAUCUCCGUCGCGAGGCCUGGGAGGCCUUGUGCCGAAUCUACGCGUUCUCCUCUGAAGAAUGGAGCGAGGCAAACGACCGUUUCACCGACGCCAGCAUCCUCUUGAGCAAAAUCUAUCAGAGUGCGGUGGCGCUUUACUGCAUAUCUUCUUGUCAGAGCCUUGGAAUCUUACCGCCGGACCAUCUCCUGAACAAUAACUGCUCUAUGGAGGCGGGUAUUCUGCAUGGAUUACUCUACGAGGCGGCGACCCAACAUGAAUCUACUGGAAUUCUCGGCUAUUCGCUCUGGCCUUUGAUGGUUCUGGGUGUGGAAGCACGAGAUGGGGGCUCAGAUCCGCGUGCUUUUGUUAUAGGGAAUUUGAAAGACCUCAGUGUUUCCACCGGGACAUACUGCCCACUUGCUGCCAAGGAGGUUCUCGAAAGUUUGUGGGCCUCGGGCGAAACGGGAUGGGAUGUGUGCUUUGACAAACCGUAUUUGUUCACGUCGGUUCUCACGGUGAACCGAGGGCAAUGGACCAACCAUAACUGA